GCAAGUUUGGAGUUGAGUUUGGAGUGAGUGCCGGUCGGAGCUCGGUCUGUGUUAGUUCUGUUUUACUGCUGGUUGUGUGAGGAAACCGCUGGAGGUCGAUUCUCCGCUCCGCUUUCGCCUCUCAGACUCUCCCCGCUACAGUGUCCUGAUGAAGGAGAGGAGGUCCUGCCAGAAGCUCCCGCUGCAGCCCGGAAUGGAGCCCAGUCCCAGUGUGAAGUGUAAGAUAGUGGUGGUGGGGGACAGCCAGUGCGGGAAGACCGCAUUACUGCACGUUUUCGCCAAGGACUGUUUCCCUGAGAAUUACGUCCCUACCGUGUUUGAGAAUUACACAGCAAGUUUCGAGAUCGACACCCAGAGAAUUGAGCUCAGUCUAUGGGACACAUCAGGUUCCCCUUACUAUGACAAUGUACGGCCACUCUCCUACCCAGACUCUGAUGCUGUGAUCAUCUGCUUUGACAUCAGCCGCCCAGAGACCCUGGACAGCGUGCUCAAAAAGUGGAAAGGAGAGAUCCAAGAAUUCUGCCCCAACACCAAGAUGCUGCUCGUCGGCUGCAAGUCGGACCUGAGAACAGACCUCACAACUUUAGUGGAGCUGUCCAAUCACAGGCAGACACCGGUGUCAUAUGAUCAGGGCUCUGCAAUGGCCAAGCAGAUUUCGGCGCCGUACAUCGAGUGUUCUGCUCUGCAGUCGGAGAACAGCGUUCGGGACAUUUUCCACGUGGCGACUCUCGCAUGCGUCAACAAGAACAACAAAAACAUAAAGCGCAACAAAUCCGCACGCUCCGCAAAGCGCAUCUCGCACAUGCCCAGUAGGCCAGACCUGGCUGCUGUGGCAACGGACCUACGCAAGGACAAAGCAAAGAGCUGCGUAGUUAUGUGACUGACUGAAUUUGAAUGAAGAAAGACAUUCUUGGAAGUGUGGUGGGAGAACUGAAAAGGGAUGGUGUUCAUAUCCCUACGUUCACAGGCGCUGGGUGUACAGAGUGAGUGAGAGAAGAGAGGGAGAUAAAGAAGAAGAAGAAUGGAAAAAGGAAAGAGGAGAGAGGGACACUGUGCACUAUAAGUCCCUAAGUUCCUCUUCUUUUCUUUCUAUGUCUUUUUCUCUUGGUUUGCAAUUUUGUAUGCAUUAUUCCACUUCCUCUAGCCUGUGACAGUGCUGAGAGCCUGUGGAGGAAACUGAGGUCCUGAGGCCAUGCCCUACUCACUUCCCUAAUUUUUUUUUUUUUUUAUUUUUUUAAGAGGAAGCAACCCUCAACCAAUUAUCAACCAAUGAGAGGCUUUGUUUCCGGCUGCUGGAAGUGACACAGCUUCCUCUCUCUAAAGUCUCUGAAGCCUCUGAAGUCACUGAAGGGUUACAACUGUGCGUGAAGCAACCUAUGGCAACCCGUGACCACAGGAAAUAUGAAGGAGAACUGGAUUGGAUGUCACAAGCAAAACAUGUUCUAGUAUCUCUAUUUAUUUAAUUGUUUUCUGCAUUUUUUUCUCAUUUGUGAGGGAGUGAGAUGGGAAACAGAAGGAGUAAGAACAGGAAAAAAUAUGCGGACAGGCCAGGCUUUCAGUUCUCUCUCUUUCUCUCAAAUAAUGUUCUGAAGAAGUGAAACUAAGAAGCCCGAUCACUGGUUUUGAAUCACAUCCCCUUUCUGUAUAACUUUUUCAUGCAUAGCUGCUUGUGCAGUUGUUCUUUUCUCCUAAUUUUAAGGCUGAGCUCAGCUAAAAUUCUGUUUCGCACCCUACGGUCACCAUAGACACACUUUCUACAUCAGUCUUUAUUUAGUUUAUGUUCCACUAGCAAAGCAAAUCCCACUUCCCAACAGUUUAUUAUUUUUAGAACCAAAGAUUUUCAGUGCUUGAGUCCUUUGAAAUUAAGAUGGAGGUACACUGGAGCUUGAGUGUUGUUAAUGAUCUUUAACAGGGUCACAUGACUGGGGCUAUAUGAUCUGUUGCAUGGACUGGGUGUGGCAUAAGAGAGAUUUAAAGUUUAACCAUAAGAAGUCUGUUAUCAUAAGCCCUAUCUGGAUGGGAUUAGUUUCUCAGGUUUUCCUGGGGUAAUUUUCUCUUUUAUGGGAGGUCCUCUGUGAUUUUUAUUCCCGUCCGGAACGACCAUGUAUGUGUUUUUCUCAGACGUCCUCUGAGAAGAUUACAGGCUGAAUUAUCUACUGGUUUUCACUGAACUCUGUGCUCCUCCGGUAAUUUUAAUAAUUUUAGUAAUUUUAGAGUUUUGUCACCUCACGUUUAAUAAAAUAGCUAUUUGUCCACUGCCGCACACCAUAAUUACACUUUGGGCGCACGUUUCCACGGAGAUCCACAUAAACACAACAGUGAAUGGAAAUGGAGGAGCUACUGGUCGUGAUGUUUUGUGAACGAGUAGAAUUGUGAAAUGUAUGUUUUUUACAGACGUCUUCCUGAGAAACUAAUCCCGUCCAGAUAGGGCUAUAGUGUUUGUUAAUGUUGAUGAACUAUUAAAUCAAUAUUACUGUUUGCAUUCAUUCAGUGGGUGGGCUUAAUGGCGUACAGAUUCAAUGAUUGGCUUUACAUUUGCAUUUCCUUGUGCCACAAGAUCUGGGGUUAUUAUAUUUAUACUACAGAAAAUGGGGGAGACCAUAUAAAAUGGAGCCUGUAGGUGACAGGCUAACACUGUGGUAGUGAUGUUUGAAGAGGCUGGUCAACAGGGUGUAAACACUGUGGUAGUGAUAUUGCAUGUUAUUACUUUAAAAUAUAGCUCUGGAAACAAUGAACAGACCACUUCAAUUUCUGAAUCAGUUUCUCUGAUUUUGCUAUUUAUAAUACAUUUUUGAGUAAAAAGAGAAAUUGCUGAAAUAACAAAGACGCAGAGGUUUCAGACCUCAAAUAAUGCAAAAAAAAAAAAACACAAGUUCAUAUUCAUAAAGUUAAGAGUUCAGAAAUCAAUAUUUGGUGCAAUAGCCCAAGUUUUUAUGCAUCUUGGCAUGUUCUCCUCCACCAGUCUUACACAUUGAUUUUGGAUAACUUUAUGCCUUUACUGUGGCAUAGUAAACCAAAUCACUUUUGGGUCUAACUGCUUUUACUGCUUUUCAACUGCUGUUGUACUGUGUGUUUUAUUACGCUAUGUAAUUGACAGCUAACUGAUGAUCAUCUAUUGUGCAGUAAUGUGUCCAGUAAGUCCAUUUUCUAUUCUGCCUGCUGAUGUGCUUCUUGUAUCUGAUCAGGCAUGGUCAUAAUAAUGUUUGAAAAAUAAAUGUACAUGCUUUAUAUACCCAGUCUGUGAAAGGUGGAACAGCAGGCAGAGCUCAGUCAUGUGACCUCAUAUAUGAAGGUGUUUUCUAAACUAUGCAUUUUAAUCCCUAUAAAAGAGAGAGAGCGAGAGAGAAAGAGAUACAAGAAGUGAAGUGGAGUGAAGUGUUAUCACAGAGGAUGUCAGUGUCUGAAGGACACAGCAGUGAUAACCUUGACAAACAGCAACAGUUCUCCCAUAAAGAGAGGGGCUGCACUCUGCUGAAAGCUAGUGAUUGGAGAUGUUAGGCUGAUGUGACGGUGCAUACGUAGCAGGUCAGUAAUUGCACUUUGAGGUCGACCUUUAACAAAAAGAAGAAAAAUAAAACGGAUCCAUUCGUUUGUGUUCUCUUUUAGACUGAAGAUUCCUUUAGGCAGUUUUCCUUUAGCCGCCAAGGACCGGUAUUCACAUAGGCAGUAUUACCACAUCUCACUUUUUUUUUUUUGUAAGUGUUAGUGCAAGAACAUGUGUAGGUGAUCAGGCCUGUUUCAGAGUAGCCAAUCUUGAUCUAUUUUUUUGUUAAAAUCUAUUUGUGUUCUGUUUGUCACCAUUAAAAUAAAAUAUUUAUUGAAUUGUUCCAUUUGCCCUUCUAAUAAAUGUAGAAAUGAAUUUAAAAGAA